AUGGCCCCCCUUCAGCUGGUCUUCCGAGAGGCGACGCCAGGCGACGCCGACGCUGUGGCGGCGCUAAUCAACGGUGCCUUCCGCGUCGACCAGACGAACGAAGUGUACGUGGACGCGGACGGCGACCGGAGCGGGCUGGUGGUGACGAGCGCUGCGGCCGUGCGGGCCAAGCUGGCCGAGCAGGACGACGGCACGGCCGUGGUGCUUGUGGCUACGGCUGGCUCUGACCCUGUCCUCCUCGCCCAUGCUACACUCACGAAGCGCGAGGACGGCGCGGUAGCCUGGCUCGGGUUCCUGGCCGUCGAUGCCGUCCACCAAGGCGCCGGCCUCGGCAGCCAGGUGCUCACACACGUCCAGAAGCACGCGUGCGAUCGCUGGAACGCCCGCCGGCUCGAGUUCGACGUCAUCCGCUCGCGCGCUGGCCUGCGCCGCUUCUACGAGCUGCACGGCUUCCGGCCCAAGACGGCCGCCGACGGCAGCUUGGUCCUGGCGCCGUUCCCCUACGCCGCCCACGGCGACAGCUGGCACGGGCUUCUCCGAGCCGACCUCGACUUUGUCGUCUACAGCAAGGAGCUGUAG